ACAUAUUGGCACCAAGGCCAGCGGAGCAGGGACAUCCAGUCUCUUCCUGCGAGUGUGCAUAUGUGAAAUAUAUUAUCUGUAACAUCACAUAAUCUGAAAUUAUGAUAUGUUGUAAAAUCCUCUGGUGACACCUUGCAGGACUGCAAGAGUUCUGUCAGAUCCACAAACAUCUCAUCACAGCUGACAGCCUCAAUGUCAUGGGUGAAGCUGCAAAGUGGAGAACACAGACGAGAGAGCAUGCGUAAAGACGAGUUGGCACCUCGUACCUGUGCGCCCCACACUCACGCCGCCUCCGUCAUUCAGAGUUCGCCAGGUGUGACUAGCGAGUGGUUGGUGGGUGCGGCUCUAACAGGUCGUGGGUCACUUCUGCGCAGCGAGCAACAGGCUGUCACGCCCGCAUCCGCCCAUCUAGACUGGAAAAAGCCACAAGGACGUGUGUGUCUGGCUGAUCUCCCUCUCACACACACACACACACACACACACACACACACACACACACACACACAUCGCCGCCAUGAAGUCCGACUCCUUCACCUUCAUCAGUCUAGCCGCCUUGGUUGGCGCGGCUUCGGGACUGACAGUGGGACCUGUGCACCUCCUCAACAACCACUCUUACAUCUCCUUUGGCCUCAAGCCUUCACCCAAUAGGAGCGUCAUUCUGUGUCCCUACCAGCUGGCUGCAGGGGAGGAGGUGCAGCGGGUGUACUGGGAGAUGUGGGAUGAUGUUGACCAAGUGGGUACCUAUGAGUGGCGCCCUGCUAGCGGAGGACAAGCAGCCACCGGCAGACUGGAAGGGGUGGUGGAGCUGAAUCGGGAUGAUGGUGCAUUGCAACUGACCAAAUUGAGGUACGACCUGGGUGGCGAUUACUUGUGCGGCGUGGAACUCACCAACGGCCAGAGCAAGAGCUCCAGUAAAGAGCAAGUUUUUAUAAUAGACAUGAGUGGAAGCAGUUCUCACAGCUCUUACUUUGAACAUUGUCGUGCCAUCAAUAGCUUCAUAUCACCAGCGACAUAUCCGGAGCCCACACUGCGUGCUGGACUAUAUUUAGAAGGGUCAGAGACAUUCUAUAAAGAGGUCUCCGGUAAAGACUGGAUGAAGGUCGUGCAUCCCAAUGGCUCCAUAACUUAUUCAUACGACAAAGUCAGCUUUGAGAUCGACAAGAACAGCCCCUCGGACGUUGUCUUCAAGUUGAACAUGGGCUUUACCAAGUCCGACGGAAAGUACAUUUCUAUCAGCAGCUUCUCCAGCAGCAGCCCCUCAUGGGAUGAACAUGGCUGCCCUGAUGUGAAGGAGAAGGACCACAAGGGAGUGCGUUACUUCCCGGGCAACAAUGUCGUCUGCCGCGGAGGACACAAGAACACGACGAAGGCCACAGUGACCUGCCAGGGCGGCUACCGGCCUGCCGGGAACGUGAACAUCGUGGUGAUGAGGUGUAACAGCAUGAAGCUCGCUUGGCAGCCGGAGGAAGGCACGACUGCCACCUUUGACGACCUCAAGUGUGUGGUGGACGACGGAAACGACGGAAACAGCAACAACAAGGCAGUCGUCAGCACUGGAAGCCCCAGCCUCGUUAUGCUCUUCGCUUCUUUCUUUGGAGUCGGUCUUCUCUUCAUUUCCAGUCGUCCGUAGGCUGUGUUACCAGUUACAUGGUCACAUAGCUAAACGGGCACCAUGUCUCUGUGGUAGACUGUCAACUUAAACUUCUAACAGUUAUUUUAGGACACCAGUAUAUUCUAACAUUAUGAUGUAAAGAUGCAUCGGGAUGGAUACCUGUAUGUAGGAAAUCUGAAAAGAACCAAACUUGGUGACGUCACGGCGAGCAGCUGACGUCAAGAAGCAACCGUUAUCGGCGGCUGGGUCACGGGCUCAAAAGUUAGAACUGGUCAUUGUGAUAGCCUACAGUCCUUCGUCUCCUGGUUCUGUCCACCACAGCGAGUGUUGGGAGGAAACAAGGCCCCUCAGUACUUUUUCUUUGAGUGACUAUUAGGGCUUUUUGUGUGGUUGUGUGUGGUCAGCGACUUGCCUAAUUCUAUUUUCCCUGUGAAUGCUGAGGCUGCGUAACACUAUGGUCAUACAGGAAGUAGAGCAGGGUUUAAGUUAUUUACUGUAGCGAUGGUUAAAAGUGAGGAGAAUAAGUAAUUCACUGACUGCACUAGACACUCUCUCUCUCUCUCUCUCUCUCUCUCUCUCUCUCUCUCUCUCUCUCUCUCUCUCUCUCUCUCUCUCUCUCUCUCUCUCUCUCUCUCUCUCUCAUGAUAGGAUGUGUGUAUUUUCUCAUGUUCUAAAACACCGAGAAACUGGUCUGAGGGACCAAGUCAGCUGAAGGAUCAAACUUCUCAUAAGAUGUUUCCUCCUAUUUAAGUAAAUUUCCAGGCACCACAAACACCUCCAUAAGUCACCCCUAUUUGGUCGCGUUUAUUUCGGGUGGCGUGGGGAAUUCACUGGAGCACACCUCUAGUUUCUCUUCCUUCAUAUGCUUCGUGGGGAUAUCCCCAUUACUGUACACCAGUGUAGAGCCUUGCGAUUUGAAACAAGGGGAAUGUAUCUAUAAGGUUAAGUCACGAGAAGAAAUCUUGUCCACUCAACGAUGGUCCCAGACUGUCCCUGAUGAUGGCCGUGAUUCAGAUGGAUUUUGGUCAGCUUGAAUGUCCUUCCACCACAUGUCCUGCUGUAUUAUGCCAGCUUGACGAAUAGAAUUGUACUGGCAUGGCUCUACACACACUUCCAGUCCACAAUCCAGUACUCACACGAGGACCCAAUCUUCCCCUCGCGGCUUGCUUCAUCACCUACCGACUUAUAGUUAGCCCUUGUGUUCAGUCACCGCCUUUCAUGCUCGCCUUCGCGAUUGUCUCCCCGUUCUGAGAUAGACUGUCGUGUCAGAAACUGAUAUUCAGAAUGAGUAUUUUUUUUUUUUUUUUGUCGUCACAUCUGAAAUACACACGCAAUCCUUUUUCUUUACUUUAGUAAAUCUACAUCAGAUAAGGAAACAGUCACCUCUGCAAACAACAGUUUUGACAAAUCCUUGGAUCGCAAUCUCGAACAUUUCGGCGUCUUAUCUCGAUACAUAUAUUUAUAAGAUAUUAUUUAAUCCGAAACAGCGCACCGAUAGUGAUGUUAACGUGAUUAUCCUAGAACAUUUUUGUCACUAGGGAGUAAGGAAUAUUGUAUGUGGUAAUUGUGGUGUCAUUAUUUUAUCGAUUUUUUCCUUUGAUUUCAUCAAUCUGUACCUUAUGUGUGUGUGUGUGUGUGUGUGUGAAAACUGGAAUGUUGACGCAAUAUAUAUAUUUUUUACAAAGAUCACUCACCUGUUAAAAGGUGACUUGAGUGAUAUAGACUCUUUCCUCUAUCCAUUAUUAUACCUUCGCAUUAAAAGACUUGAUAAACAAA